AUGUCUGGCCCCGGAGCUGGUUUUGAAUAUCCCCGCCGCGCCGUCACCUGGACGAAGCGUGAUGCGCUGCUCUUCGCAAACAGCAUUGGAUGCAAGUCCGAUGAAUUGCACUUUCUAUAUGAACUCCAUCCAGACUUCGCCGUCUUCCCAACAUAUAUAAACAUUCUCCCAUUCAAACUCACAAACACCGACGUAAUCGACUUCUACAAAGCUUCAACAAGCACUCCAAUCCCCGACGUCCCCAAAUUCAACCCCCAGCGCGUCGUCGAUGGCGAACGCAGAAUCAUCUUCCUGAAACAACUACCCACAUCCAGCGAGGGGAAACAAUUCGAGAUUCGAACCAAAGUUAUUGGAGUUUAUGACAAGGGAAAAGCCUCGGUUGUGGAGACUGAGGUUGCUUUGGUGGAUAAGGAGACGGAUGAAGUUUAUUCGAAGAUGAUUGGGAGUGCGUUUUAUGUUGGUCAGGGUGGUUGGGGUGGUCCUAAGGGUCCCAGUGCUGUGAACUAUCCCCCUCCCAAGGGCAAAGCUCCAGAUGCUGUAUUCGUUGACCAGACCAGCGAAGAAACCUCUCUUCUUUACCGUCUCAACGGCGACUACAACCCUCUCCACGCCACCCCCGAACCAGGCACAAAAAUGGGCUUCGGCGGUAUCAUCAUCCACGGCCUCUACAGCUGGAACGCCACCGCCCACGGAGUUCUCAAGGAGCUCGGCGGCAGCGACCCCAAGAACCUGCGAGAAUUCCAAGCUCGUUUUUCAUCUCCAGUUCGUCCAGGUGAUAAACUUACUACUGAGAUCUGGCGGACUGGGGAGGUGGACAAGGAUGGGUUUGAGGAUAUUCGAUUCUCUACGAAGAAUCAGAAUGGAAAGGCUGUUUUGGCUAAUGGGCGUGCAUUGUUGAAGGUUGCGACUAAGCGUAGUAAGCUUUGA